AGUUUUUCAACACCCGACUGCAUUUUCCUUUCUGCUUUUGUGGGGCAAGCUGGGAUUCCGCUUUUUUGUUGUCACGUUUGAAUUUGACUAUUUCGAAAGCAGGAAACGCUUUAUACACUUGUCUUGUUGUCCGAUUCGCUGUCGUCAAUCAUGGCUGCCGACGUGGAAACAUCCUCAGUUUUUUCAGACACCGCCUCUGACUUUUCCGACUUUUCUCGGGCGUCCACAGCGGCCACGACCGCCUCCCGAACGCAUCUCUUCACCUGCCUAGCUUGCCACGUUGCCUUCCGAAGCGCCGAUGCCCAACGAGAUCACAUGCGGACCGACUGGCACAGAUACAACCUUAAACGCAAGGUUGCCGAAUUGCCACCUGUUACUGCCGAGAAUUUUGCGGCUAGAUUAGAACAGCAGAAACACAAGAAUGAGGAAGAUGAGACCCGGAAUGCGUUUGUUGCAGAGUGUAUUGCCUGUCGAAAAACGUAUUCCAGUCAGAAUGCCUAUUCGAAUCAUUUGGGUAGCAAAAAGCACAAGGACGCUCAGGUGCGGUUCAACGAGUUGAAAGCAAAAGGCAUAGAUCCUUUGAGUCGACCCGAGAAAAAGGCGUCGAAUGUGGUUUCUGGUGUUUCGAGUUCAAGUGGGUCCGCCACAGCUCCACAAAAGAAUUGGAGAGCUGAGCUUGCGAAUGCCACAUCACAAGAUCAAGUAUUGGACAUUCUUGCUCGAAAAGCCGAACAAGCCGAACGUCUUACGGAACUGGACUGUCUGUUCUGUUUGCAUUCUGCGCAGUCUUUUGAAAACAAUAUGGAGCAUAUGGCCAAGGCGCACAGCUUUUUCAUCCCCGAUAUUGAGUACCUGGUUGAUCUGAAAGGAUUGAUAAAGUAUCUUGGCGAAAAGGUUGCGGUAGGACAUGUAUGUUUGUACUGUAAUGGCAAAGGACGGGCGAUGCAUAGUUUGGAAGCUGUGCGCAAACACAUGGUCGAUAAGGGCCACUGCAAAAUCUUGUACGAGGAUGGCGCUGAGCUUGAGAUUGCCGAUUUCUACGACUUUAGCUCAACGUACCCUGAUGAAGUGGCCGAGGAAGGAGAGGAAGGAGAUGGAGAAUGGGAAGAUGUUGAAGAGGGCAGUGACGAGAACGAAGAAGAGGAACUUGGCGAUUUAUCCGAGUCACUAGGUUCCAUCCGUAUAUCACCUGACGAAACCCAACUCAUCCUUCCCAGUGGAGUUCGACUGGGUCAUCGCCAGUUCAACCGAUUCUGGAGACAGAAUCUCAAACCCGAGGAUUCACGCGACUCCGUAUUGAUCCAUCGGUUGGUGGGACAGUAUAAAAUGCUGGGAUACGAAGCUACGCCGUAUGAACAAGCGGUUGCGGCACAUCAACGACGAUUGGAGGCAAAGAAGGUCUUGUAUCGGAAUCAAGAGUACAAGGCGAGAGUGGGGAUUAAGCACAACAUGCUGCAAAAGCACUUUAGAUCGCAGAUUGGAUUUGGAGUAUAGACUGGUUGAAUGUGGGGUUGGGGUUUGGGUUUGGGUUUGUUUUGUUUUUCGCAUUUGUACAUGAAGCCCAUUUUACAACUUGUCGAUUUUUGUUUGUGAAAUUUCGGUCUUGGGGUAUUACUCUAGUCUUUUGAGACUCUCUAUUAUAUACUCUCCACAUCCAACCUUAUA